UUUUACUCUCCACGUCAGCCUCUAGUCCGAACAGUAUUAUUAAUCCAUCACCUUCUUCCCUGCCGUGGUGGACGGCUAGAAAUUCCUCGUGAUCAUGUCCUGAUUGAGAUAGGACUAUGUGAGUGUUCGUGGGUCCGGUUUCUCGGUCCAUGAGCGAGAGGCGUCAAGGCUGCGGACUGCUCUCCCAGUUCGGGCCCGAGAUACUCUGUCCACCCGCCUACUCAGCAGAAUGUCAAACUAUCGGGCUCCGACAAAUGCUGCCUGCCGGGCUGGUGCUGCUGACGGGAGUUAGCUGCUACCUAGGUAGGGAGGCGCAUGGUGGAGGUGACACUGUUACUGCAAUAUGGUUUGCAAACUCCUCUCGGUCGAUGAGUCAUCCUCGGUCGAAACCAUCAAUGCGUGCGUCCCAGGAGGAUGGGUGGAGUACAACCCCGGACGCUAGAGGGCAAGGACCGGAAUUCUCGUGGCCUGGCACGUUUUGACCAGAUCACGGCUAUGUGGUCCCGAUCUCUGUGUUGCAUGGCAGUUACUUGUGUGACACUGCAGAGAAAUAGGUUUAUUUUCUAGCGGAGGGAACUCGUCGGAAACACUGGCACUCCGAUAGCCGGGAGUAGAUACAACAGUAGUAUUGAUGGAAUAUUGCUGGCCGUGAGUAAAACUCCAAGUGUCCUUUCACACACAUCAAAAAUCUGUGCUGGCAGCGAUGUCCUUCAGGAGGUCCGCUGUUCUCCUUAGCUCAUUCACCUGCUCGUUCACUCUCCUCCAGCAAUCAGGUCCGAGGAUGACUCGCAAAAGGCCUGUCUGCUUGAUGAGGGAUCCAGCAUCUCCCUCCCCGGUCACAGCGUUAAACAUCACCCUAGCGGCCUUGGAUGGGUCGCCCGCUGCCAGCCCUGGUAAUCGCUGGAUUUGAUCGAGUCGCUGACCAACUGGAUGAGGACCUGCAUAUUCUUCCGAUGGCUGAAUGUACUUGGCCACAUCUGUGAGCGCAAAGCCUGUCCGAAACGCACCUGGCUCCACGAUAAGCACCCUUAUCCCGAAAGGUGCAACUUCAGAACUGCAGGCCUGGGAGGCUGCUUCAAGAGCCGCCUUACUGGCCGCAUAAAUGCUGCAGCCCAGACUGGGACAAAGCCCUUGUGUACUUGAAACAUUCAAUAUCACACCUGACCUGCGUUUCCUCAUUUCUGGCAACACAGCCUUCAUCAACCGCAAAGGUCCCAAGAAAUUGGUGCGCAUUUGUGCAACAACCUCUUCAUCCGGAAUGUCCUCUAGCGCACCAAGGACACAGUAACCAGCAUUAUUCACCAACACAUCGAUCCUGCCAAACAGGGACUCUGCCUGUUGAAUUGUUGCUUUUAUUUCCUGCUCACUCUUGGUCGUAUCAAGGGUCAGCCAUUUGCCACCAAGACCCUCGACUUCGGUGGCCAGUCCUGGUGUUUUCGAGGGGUUUCGGGACGUCGCAACGACAAUAUGACCCUUGGAAAGAGCAUAUCGGACCAGUGCCAGGCCGAGACCACUGCUGCAGCCUGUAAUCAACCAGACUAACGUGCGCGAGUUGCCUGUUCCCAUGUUCGUCGCUGCCGCUGCUGCUGUAGGCAUGGCCAUCUUGUCGGUUGCACCAGAGAUAUAUCGGAACCAAUGCUUGUAGAACAGGUAGACACAGCUCGCAGAUUGAGCGAAGACAUCAGCUGCGAAGCCCCCUCAAUGGGUGUGCGGAGUUAUGGUUCGGAUUUUGUGUUUACUGUCUCAUAUAUCCGGCGAAACGUGCGGGUAGCUGGUUGCCUGAUUAUAAGCCCAUCUAUUCAGCCGUUGAAAGCCAGCGUUAGUAGUGUCGAAAGCCCAGCUGCGUGAAGUGUUGAUCGCCCAACGUAGAGGAUAUCUCUAGUAUCAAGUUGCAUAUCGAGCAAGGUAGAUGGCGAGCCGCCGAGGUCGACAGGUGCCUGCUACGAUCUUCUCAAUCGGAGCCUGAUGGAUCCUGCUAU